AUGACCUCAUUCCGACCCACACCACCACCACCCACCUACCUCCCACACUACAUGCGCUUCCGCCUCCCACUCAUCCCACUCCACACCACGCCCAGCAACCUCCUCGCCCUCCACCGCCUCCGCACCAUGGCCGCCCCGCCGCCCUCGCGCCCCAUCAAAAUCCUCUUCCUGCACGGCUUCACGCAAUCCGGCCCGCUCUUCAGCGCCAAAUGCGGCGCCCUGCGCAAAACGCUCCAAAAAGCGUUCCCAGCCGGCAUCACGGUCUCGUUCCCGACGGCGCCGCUGCGCCUCGCGCCCACAGACGUGUCGUUCCUGCACAGCGGGGAGGCGAAAGAGGCCGACGACGAGGAGAUCGAUGCGUGGGCGUGGUGGCGGCGCAAGGGCGACGCGGAGCCGUACGUGUACGCGGGGCUGGAGGAGGGGCUGGCGCGCGUGGCGGAGGUGCUGCAGGCCAAGGGUCCGUUUGACGGGGUGGUGGGGUUUUCGCAGGGCGGGGCGGCCGCGGCGAUGGUGGCGGCGCUGCUGGAGCCCGGGCGGCGGCAGUCGUUUGAGAAGCUGGAGGGUGAGGGCGGGAUGCGGUAUCCGGCGUCGUUUGUGAGCGGGGAGGAGGGGUGUGUGCAUCCGCCGCUGAAGUUUGCGGUGAGCUACAGCGGGUUUGCGGCCAGGGGGCUGAAUCCAUAUCAUGCAUUUUACGAGCCGAAGAUUAAGACGCCCAUGUUGCACUUUUUGGGCUCGUUGGAUACGGUGGUUGAGGAGAGCAGGAGUCUGGCGUUGGUGGAAGCGUGCGAGGAGAGUGAGGGUCGGGUCGUGUAUCAUCCUGGUGGUCACUUCUUGCCGAGCACGCAGAAGGCCAGCGUCAACGCGUUGAUCGGGUUCAUCAAGGACGUAUUGCACAAGGCUGAGGGGCCGAAGAAGGAGGAGGAAAGUGUAGAGGACAUGGAUAUGCCGUUCUGA